AUGUCAACAAAACCAAUAGUUACAAUUAUAGGGUCAUUAAAUUAUGAUUUAGUUUCAUUUACUAAAAGAGUCCCCGAAGCAGGAGAAACAUAUCAAGCAGAUUCAUUUGAAACUCAUAUGGGAGGUAAGGGAUUAAAUGAAGCCAUUGCCGUUUCUAAAUUAUCACCACCUGAAACAAUUGAAACUAGAAUGAUUGGUAAAAUAGGUACAGAUCCUUUUGGUAUUCACUUGAAACAAUAUUUAAUUGAUAAUAAAGUUAAUGUUGAAAAUGUUGAUACAAUUGAAGGAAGUUCUGGAGUUGCUGUUAUUAUGGUUGAAGAAGAUUCAGGUGAAAAUAGAAUAUUAAUUACUCCUGGAUCAAAUGGUCAAUUGAAACCAUCUGAUGAGCAAUAUAAUGAAUAUUUCCCAAAUAAAGAUGAUUCUUCAUUUGUAAUUUUACAAAAUGAAUAUCCUGAUACUAUAAAUACAAUCAAUUGGUUAAAAACAAAUCGUCCAAAAGUUAAUAUUGCAUAUAAUCCAUCUCCUUUUAAAUCAGAAUUGAUUACAAGUAGUCUAUUAUCUAAAAUUGAUUUAUUGAUUGUCAAUGAAGGUGAAGCUCUUGAUGUAGCUAAACAUUUAGGAAUUUUAGAAACUAUGCCACAAAGUAUUGAUGACGAAAUUGAGAAAUUCUCCAAUCUUGCAAAAUCAUUACAAGAUUCAAUCAAUAAAGAUAACGUUAACGUAGUUAUUAUUACUAUGGGAAGCAAAGGAUGUAUUUAUGUUUCUAAAUCAAUUCCAUCCCCAAGUUUUAUUAAAUCAAAGAAAGUUACUAAAGUUAUAGACACUACUGGUGCUGGCGAUACUUUCUUUGGUGGAGUAGUUCUGAAUCUUGCCUUGGGUAAGGAUAUUAAACAAGCCGUUGAAUUCGCUACUAGUGCUAGUAGUUUAGCUAUUCAAAAGAAAGGAGCCGCUGAAGGUAUUCCAAAAUAUGAAGACGUCUUUGCUAUUCUUUAG